CAGCACAGGAAGUGGCGCGCAACUGUUGAAAAACUAUCACACAACAAACUGAACAGGAGACUCUGAUACAACCGCUAAGCUGUGGUGGCAAAGUGAUAUACAACCUGAGGCGCUCUCCUUAAAUAACUCAGUGGCUUCGUAACUGAAAACAUGUCGUUUGUGAGAGUGGGGCGCCCACAGCAACACGCCAAAGGAAAAAGGUCUGUUCGACCCAAGAAGGCAGCAGCCCCCAAAAGAGAGUGGGUGAGCACUGUAAGUGAUCUGUCUGUGCACAAGCUGACACCUGCAGAGCUGAGCCAUCGGCAUGAGAUCCACAAGUCCCACAACAAAGUUGCGGCUCAGUGGGAGCUGAGAGAGAAAGCCCUUUCACGCCGUUUCAGACACGCUGGGAGCCCUGCACCUCUAGACCAUGCCAGCCUCAGCAUCAUCAGGGAGGUGUUCUCUGACCAGCUGCUGCUACAGGAUGUGCUGGCUCGCUCUGACAGAGCCAUGGCUGUGGUCAAAGACUUGUUUGGAGAUGCUCCACGCAGGCAGACUGGGCACCCCAGUGUGACGAUGGCUCCAAACUGUGACGCUGAGUCAGCGCUGCCUGUGCUCCAGAGACCGGAUCCUCCAACUCAGCUGUCACUGCUCAGCCAGUCUAUGAUGGACCAACAGGCUCUUAAUGAAGUCAAUGCUUCAGAAUCAGACUAUAGUGAUGAAGAUACCUGUGCUACUGGCAGUUCAGACCAUCGUGUAAUCAAAAGGACCAACAUACAAAGAAUGAAGGCACGGUCUCGGGAUAGAGUGAUACAGCAACAUCCCUCCUUUGACCAGGCAGACAGAGAUGUUCCUGUAACCCCCUGCACAUCAGGAAAAGCACCAGUCCAAACAGCCCUCAAUGCCACUGUGGCUGUUCAACGUGUUCGGUCCAGACAAAGCCAGUCAGAGGAAGGCAAGGAAGAACCGUCAGGCCUGGUUUCUCAGGUCCUGAACGCUGAGCUGCCUCUCAAUCCGUCAGGAAGGAUCAGUAGUCAUGCCAGCAGAACCAAGCAGUGUAUUUCUCAGAGUUCAGAGCUGAAUGGCUCCUCUGUUGCCUCUCUCAGUGGGGACCAGUCUAGUCUGGGCCUGCUGCAGACCAUGUUGGGUCAGGUGGAGGCAGACUUGGACUCUCUGAGUCCUGUCACUGAACCAGCUUCAGCACAGAGUCAAAAACAACAAAAAACACAAGGCCUCACUGGAUUCUCUGUCGCCUUGGUCUCCACUCUAGGACGUUUAGUGCACCUCCUCAAACAGAGGGAGGAGGAUGCUCAGAAAGAGGCUCAGGAGAGGAGAAGACUGGAGGAGGAGUUGAGAGAGCAGCGUGGGCUGAUCGAUGCUCUCACUGCUGAGACGAUGACUCUGAGAGAAGAGGCCGCCGUCCUGCAGGCCGGCUUGCAGCAGCAGAAGGCAGAGCUGGAGCAGAAGUUGGACACAGUGUUGUUGGUGAUGGGGGGACUUGGGCUCCUGGAAGCACACAUUGAACCACACCAAGACGGUGAUAUCAACGCUGCAGUUUGUCAGUCUGCACCAGUUGCUGAGCGAGAUCCUCAGCGACUACAAGCCUCUGCUUCUCCUGCUGUCUUACUCUCCCCCCCUCGACAGAGAGACAACUGGCAACAAAUUCCUGUGACUCAUCCUGUACAGCUACACCAGGAGCUUCCUCCUGUAAGUAUCCUGCGUUCCUGUGAGGAUGUCCACUCCCACAGCUCAGCCUCCAGCCUCACCAGCCUUCCUCUCACCAGCCUGCCCUCCACUUCCUCAUUAUCACUGACCUCUGACCCCCUCAGCUCUCAGCUCUCUCCGGAGGCCAUGCUGGCUGAGAUCGCUCAGCUGAGUAGACAGAACGACCUGAUCAAGGCCCAGCUUAGCCAGGCUAAGGGCCUCGGGGCAGGGGUCGGAGGAUCGCCUAACAGUAGCAACAAGGAGGGAAGGCUGAGCUCCGGCAGCACAGGAAGAGUCACACCUCAAAGUGUUGGAGAGAGGAGGGUGUCAGUUUCCAGCAGCUCAGAGAGAAUGAGUCGGCAUGUGCAGGCUGCUGAAGGAGAGCAAAAGACCAGUCAGGCAGCAACAACUAACCCGCUCUGUUUGAGCAGUGUGGAACAGCGCCUCCUGGAGCUAAACAGGCAAAGUGCAGCAGCGAGGGGUCGACUGCUGGAGCUCAUUGAGCAACAGAAGCAAAAUGUUUCAGCCAAAGUUUCUCUCUCUCAUUCCCCCAUCCCUCCUUCUGCAUUCAGCCCACAUUCGGCAGCUGGAGGAGGAAGUCCAGAGCUGCUGCCUGCAAAAGAGCUCCUGUCACAGACUGGUGGCGGUCAGAGACGAUAUGCUGGUUCUGAAGUGUCUUCUCAAAGUCUUGGAGGAGAAACAAGGGAUGGCAAAACACAGAUGGAGAAACGGAGAGAGCGAGAAGGGUGGUUUGCCUUGUCUGCUCAUGUGAGAUGACAAAAAGACUGAAACCUGAGGACUUUUAAAACCUGUGUUUUUAGUGUGUAUAUAUAUGUAUCUGUAUUUUUAAAUGACUGAAUUAAAUGAUGCAUUUUUAAUGAA